AUGACGGUGUCUGAAUCUAACACUUCUUUCAACGAAGUCAUCAUUAUAGGGGCCGGGUUUUCCGGCCUAGCUAUGGCAUGUCAGCUCAAAAGAAAGCUGCACUGUGAUGACUUUGCUGUGUUUGAUCGGGCGAGUGGAUUUGGAGGAGCAUGGCGUGCAAAUCAAUAUCCAGGCUGCGGUGUAGAUAUACCAGCUGCCUUAUACAGCCUGUCCUUUGCGCCAAAAACAGAUUUUUCCUGUUUCUUUCCCAAGCAGGAUGAGAUCCUACAUUAUAUUAAUUCCGUGGUCGAGCGCCAUCAGCUCGCGUCGCAUUUCAUCGGGCAUACUGAGUGGGUGGGCGCUUCAUGGCAAGACUCUUCCAAAAUAUGGCUUGUCAUCCUUAAGGAUCUUUGCACGGGACAAGAGUUCACCCGCGAGUGUAAAAUACUAAUAUCUGCCGUCGGAGCCCUAUCUGUGCCAAACAAGUCCAGCAUCCCCGGAACGGAGCGGUUCAGAGGGGACGUUGUUCAUACCGCCAAUUGGGAUCAGACAGUGUCUCUGCGAGACAAGCGAGUGGUAGUGAUUGGCAACGGCGCCUCUGCAACACAGGUAAUACCAGCAAUUGCUAAAGAAGCUCGUGAAAUUACCCAGUUUAUCCGGACACCGCAACUCUACCUUCCUGGACAGAAUACCACUAUUGGAAGCCUCUGGCAAGGUGCAUAUAAAUAUGUCCCGGGAUUAUUGGUGCUGGUUCGAAUUAUGAUAUUUCUCUAUCUCGAGACAGCCACUCUGCAAUUCCGUCGGAACCGAAGGGGUGCGAGUAUGAGAGAUCAGCAAUUCCUGAUUAGCAGACGCUACAUUCUUGACAACGCUCCCGAAAAGUACUGGUCUUUGUUGAUUCCGACCACCGAAGCAGGUUGCAAGAGACGUGUAUUUGACAAUGACGGUUAUAUCCAUUGCUUAAACCGGGAGAAUGUUCAGCUGGUUAAUGGUCCAGUGGUUGAGAUUAAUGAAUCUUCGGUUCUAACUCAAUCCGGUGAAAUUUAUCCUGCCGAUGUUAUUAUCCUCGGAACAGGCUUUUCGCUAGCCCACUUCGACACUCAAGUUAUAGGCUGCCAAGGCCUAACACGCGCUGAGCACUGGCAGUCCCUCGGCGGAAUCAAGGCCUUUAACACAAUUGCCAUGUCGGGAUUCCCUAACCUUUUUUACGUUCUCGGUCCAAACUCAGGCACGGGGCAUACGUCCACAAUCUAUGCUAUCGAAAACUACGUCGACCUUAUCAUCCGCGUCAUUGAGCCCAUUCUUAGCAAAAAGGUCUCCUCCGUACAGGUCAAGGCAUCCAGCGAACAAAGCUACAGCAAGGCAAUAGAGCAGGCGCUUCAAAACACUAUUUACAAUAAUGCGUGUCUCAGUUGGUUCAUCGACAAGAAAACGGGCACCAAUUGGGCGAUUUAUCCCUGGAGUUCAUUUUGGAUGUGGUACACAACCAGGGUUGCCGGACUCGAUGAUUGGAUCCAUGAGGUAAGGAGUCUUUUGAUGUGA